AUGUCUGUCCUCAAGAUGCACGCCAGAGAGAGCUUCGACUCCCGUGGAAAUCCCACCGUUGAGGUCAAUCUUUACACCGCCAAAGGGCUCUUCAGAACUGCUGUGCCCAGUAGUGCCUCCACUGGGAUCUAUGAGGCCCUGGAGCCCCGGGACAAUGAUAAGACCCAGUAUCUGGGAAAAGGGAAUAAAUCAAAAUUUGGUGCAAAUGCCAUUCUGGGCAUGGCCCUCGCUGUGUGCAAGGCCAGAGCUGUUGAGAAGGGAGUUCCCCUGAACUGUCACAUUGCUGACUUGGCUGGCAAUCCUGAAGUUAUCCUGCCAGUUCCUGCUGUCAAUGUGAUCAACGGCAGCUCCCACACCGGCAACAAGCUGGUCAUGCAGGAGUUCAUGAUUCUUCCUGCCAGAGCAACCCGCUUCAAGGAGGCCAUGCGCAUCGGGACUGAGGUGUACCACAACCUGAAGCACGCCAUCAAGGAGAAGUACGACAAGGAGGCCACCCACGUCGGGGAUGAAGGCGGAUUUGCCCCCAGCAUCUUGGAGAACAAAGAAGCCCUGGAGCUCCUGAAAAAUGCUAUUGGGAAAGCUGGUUACACCGACAAGGUGGUGAUUGGCAUGGACGUAGCUGCCUCCGAGUUCUUCAGGUCUGUAAAAUACGAUUUAGACUUCAAGUCACCUGAUGACCCCAGCAGGUGCAUCUCACCUGACCAACUGGCGGACCUGUACAAGUCCUUCAUCACAGACUACCCAGUGGUGUCUAUCAAAGACCUCUUCGACCAGGAUGACUGGGACGCUUGGGCAAAGUUAACUGCCAGCUCAGGGAUCCAGGUGGUAGGGGACGAUCUCACAGUGACCAACCCGAAGCGAAUCGCCAAGGCCAUGGGCAAGAAGUUGUGCAACUGCCUCCCGCUCAAAGUGAACCAGAUCGGCUCUGUGACCGAGUCUCUGCAGGUGUGCAUGCUGGCCCAGUCCAAUGGGUGGGGCCUCAUCAUGUGUCAUCAUUCUGGGGAGACCGAGGAUACUUUCCUUGCUGACCUGGUGGUGGGACUCUGCACAGGGCAGAUCAAGACUGGUGCGCCAUGCAGAUCUGAGCCCCUUGCCAAGUACAAGUACAACCAAAUCCUCAGAAUUGAAGAGGAGCUGGGCAGCAAGGCCAAGUUUACUGGCCAGAAGUUCAGAAAUCCCCUCGCCAAAUAA